GCUCGGUUCAGUCGUCGAGCGGAGUGCGUCGGCGCUGGUCGAGCUUCUGUCGCAUCAGUCGCGUCGCUCGGUACGUGAGAGACGUGCGGCGCACUCGGCCGUGCGCCCGCUCGGGAGUCGUUCGUGUGCCGCGGUUGUCGGAUACGUAAUGAGUGAUUGUGAAUAAUAAUUAAUAAUAAACAUUCUAUAUGUGAACAAUUUUAAGAACUGUUAAGUAAAAAUGACUAGGACGUGUUUAAAUGUAAGAGGGAAUUAUGAGGAAAGUUGUUAGUGAAGUUAUCGUCGUACCAUAGAAUGGGUAUACUCAUGGAAACCACCAAAGUGAAUUUGGGCACUGCCAGAUAUCGAGGACGUGGUAGAGAGUCGGAUUAUUUCACGAUGGGAACCCCCAGGAAGGCUUUCUACGCGGAUACACUGCAUACGAUCGCCAUUAAUACCAGGGAGACAGAAUUCGGAAGUAUCGUUGAGCCGAUACCGAUAACGCUCAAGACUUACAAGCCGUACCAAUCCCAGGGUUAUGUGUACCCACAGCAGAUUGCAACACCCGCGACUCCUGUGGUCCGGGUACCUGAGACUGAUAGACCCUCCCCAGCGAAAAGCGAUCCAAGUCCUGUUAAGGAAGCUAAGGAUGAUAUAAUCGCUAGGCCUCCUCCUAAAAAGAAAUGGAUCAAAGAGUACCUAGAGGAGGAACCGAAGUCGCCGUUGUCGGUGCGAGUGGUGACCGGAGUAGCGGUGACGGCGCGCAGCAACGGCGUAGUGCGACCGACGACGCCGGUGCCCUCCGUCGCCGUCCCAGUCCCCGUGCCCGCCCCUGCGCCAGCCGUCAUCGUCUCCGACCCGCCGCCCGCGCCCGCUGUGAUUCCCCCCGCGCCGGCUGUUAUCUCCCCUGCGCCCCUCCUCGAUUUCGUACAAGAACAUUCCAGGGCGCGCACUACGAGCAACAGUCAUGGGCUGCCACAAAUCCCAUCACCACCUUCAGUGAGCAGCAGCGGUAGUGGUAGUGGCAGUAGUGGUUGCGCGCCACGAGCUGGCACCAGAGAGGUCCACAACAAGCUCGAGAAGAACCGACGAGCGCACCUCAAGGAGUGCUUCGAACUGCUCAAGAGACAGCUGCCCGCCACGUCAGAUGACAAGAAGACAUCCAACCUGUCCAUUUUAGGCUCAGCCAUCCGGUACAUACAGGUACUACGCCGCAAAGAGCGCGAAUGCGAACAUGAGAUGGAGAGAUUAGCUCGUGAAAAAAUCGCCGCGCAACAACGGCUCGCUGCUUUGAGGCGAGAAGUCUCCGUAAGAACCAGUGGCGCGCGGCCCCGUAACAUUGAUGGCAUUGAUGAGAAAGAUACCAUUGCAAAUGAUCAACCUUUAGGAAUACCAAUUAGUAUAACUUCGUCUCCGCCACGAUCCGCGGCACCAAUGGAGUCAUCACCCCCCCGCACCCUAAACUUAAGUACGAAGUUGCGCGCGCUGCCUAUACAAAUCACGCCUACCACCUCGCAGGUGGUAAGAACUUCGUAUGGUUCAAGACAUCACAACACAUUAACUUUAACUACACUCGGUCCGGCCGAAACAAAUACGCAGAAUGGACAAGUAAUGGAAAAUGGUGUUACUAAUACUCUUAGCACCACCCUAGUGCAUCCUGCUCAAAUACAUCUGCCCCUUUCGCAGGUGGUAGUAGCCCCGGCGGCACUGCAGCUGCUGUCUGCCGGCGGCGGGCUACGCGUGCUGCAGGCGCCCGCAGUACAUACUAAUGGUGUCGUGAGUACUGAAAAUAGCAGGAUAACAAAAGAAAAUGGAUUGGUGUCCACAGCGCCGGUUUCAACAGAAGGUGGUAGCGUGGUUGUGAGCGGACUAACUCCUCUGGUGAUGUCACAGUCCGGCACGCAUCUCUUACAAACCCACACCCUCACACACAAGAUGGUAGAAACUCAAGUGGUGAAAGGCGGUGGCAGUGUGGCGCCAAUGACGGUCAGUACGCAGUACCUUAGUUCCACCACAAUCGUGAAACCGGUGGUGGUGGUGUCUAGCGCCCACUCGCCGCCCGCGCCCUCCACGUGAAGGCGUCGCCUCCACGAAACCGUCCUGCGCCUUAUUAUUGCCUGG